AUGAGUUCACCAGCAACAUGGACAACAAAGCUCCGGACCCAUGGUGAGUCACUCCUCAAAUCGAUGAGCAAGAUGAUCGAAGCGAACAACGCGACACUCGACAGCCUCAUGUCGGCUCGGGUGGAUGGGAUCCGUGACGAAAUUGCCCUUGACCUCGAGCAGAUCAGGACGGAUUUCUACAAGACGGAGCCGCCGGAGCCGGAUCCCAAGGCCGACGGAACUUCAUCUUCGCGCAACGCUGGGCCAGGUCGUGGCGCUGCUGCGACCAGCGCCCUUGGCGUCGACAACGAACACCGGGGGAAGGCACAUAACAUUUAUGUCCCUCCUCCGGUCAGAGGUGCGCGCGAUUCAGUUUUCUCUCCCAGAAAUUUUUCUCCCCGUGAUCCUCAUGUGAUGGAUACUGCUGAGUGCUCCUUGUUUUCCAUGCAUCUGGAGAUCCCCAAGUUCGAUGGCUUGAACCCGAGAUUAUGGCAAAAUCGUUGCGAAGACCAGUUCAGACUGUGGAGCACGCCUCCUCACAGAUGGUUAUCGUUAGCCACGGCUCAUUUCGAAGGUGCUGCUGCACGGUGGUUUGAAUCUAUGCAGAGGCGCAUGCCGAAUACCAACUGGUCAGAAUUCUGUGCUGCGUUACAAAGUCGUUUUGGGCGCAACCAACACCAAACCCUGCUCAGGAAGUUGUUCAGAAUUGCUCAAACAACGACAGUGGAAGACUAUGUUGAAUGCUUUGCGGAGCUCUAUGACCAGUUAACAGCAUAUGAAGAUACACCCAACUCCUUGCUACACCACCAGGUUUUGGAUGGUUUGAAGCCUGGGGUGCGGAUGGUUGUUGCACUACAGAAACCCAAGGAUUUAGAUGCAGCAUACGAACUUGCUCUGUUGCACGAGGAGUUAGGUGAGACGUACUCUUCUACCGGUUGUUCCGCUCCAAGGAAAUCAGUAACAACUUCUAGCUAUACCAGUUCAAAGGUUCAAAAACAGGAAGACCGACGAAAUUCAGAUUCUGCCAGCAGUGUAGCUCAGGAAGAUAAGUGGACAGCACUCAGAAAUUACAGGAAAUCCAAGGGGCUAUGUUUUGUUUGUGGAGAGAAAUGGUCUAAAGAUCAUGUGUGCAAGGCCACAGUUCAACUACAUUUUGUGCAAGAAAUGAUAGAGCAGCUACAAUCUAAUUCCAAUGAAGAAUCUGAUUCUGAUAGUGAACAGCAUGAGCAGUCUUCAGUUCAUUCCAUCAGGUUAUCUGCUGCAGCUAUGGGAAAGGAACCAGAAGUCCCAGUUUUACAAUUAGAGAUUGAUUUGCAAGGCCACAAAUUUCAAUUCCUAGUUGACUCGGGCAGUACACACUCUUUCAUGGAUUUGCAACACAGUUCCUUUGCAGGGGUCAUCCCAAUUAAAACACUCACUGUUACAGUAGCUGGUGGCUCAACAAUUCAGUGGCAACAACAAAUCAAAAAUUGUGUGUGGCAGUGCAAUGGUGCUAAAUUCAUUUCAGAUUUCAAGUUGUUGCCCCUGCAAACCUAUGAUGGCAUAUUGGGGUUGGACUCGCUGGCCCAACACAGUCCUAUGUAUGUCGAUUGGGUUGAAAAAUGGUUAUCAUUUAACAAGGAGGGACAGACAGUCACUUUACAUGGCAUUGGAUCUGAAGAGUGUUCUUACACCUGUGUUUCCAUAUUUUCAAUUCAAGUUGAAGGACAAGCUGCUAUCACUCCAGAAAUUCAGUUGUUGUUGGAAGAAUUUGCUGAUGUGUUUGAAACUCCUACUCAGUUACCUCCUAGAAGAGAUUGUGACCACAAGAUCAAUUUAAUUCCAGGAGCUAGACCAGUAACAGUUAGACCAUACAGAAUAGCACCACAGUUAAAGGAUGAACUUGAAAAACAAAUUGCAGAGAUGUUGAAGUCAGGUGUCAUCAGGCCCAGCAAAAGCCCUUUCUCUUCUCCAGUAAUUCUGGUUAAGAAAAAAGGGGGAGAAUGGAGAUUAGUAGUGGACUACAGAAUGCUAAAUGCUAUCACAAUCAAAGGGAAAUUCCCAGUACAUGUGAUUGAUAAACUUCUGGAUGAAUUAGCUGGUGCUGCUUGGUUCACUAAAAUAGAUCUCAGGGCUGGUUAUCAUCAGAUCAGAUUGGCUGCAGGGGAGGAAUAUAAAACAGCUUUCCAAACUCAUCUGGGUCACUAUGAGUUCAUAGUUUUAGCUUUUGGUCUUAGUGAAGCCCCAGGAACAUUUCAGGGAGCCUUAAACACCACAUUGUCUCCAGUUAAGAGGAAGAAUACCUUGGUUUUCUUUCAUGACAUUUUAUUUUUCAGUAAGUCCUAUAAGGAGCAUUUGAAGCAUGUCAGAGAAGUUCUUGCCUUGCUAAGAGCUGAUAAGUGGAAAGUUAAGAUGUCAAAAUGUGCAUUUGCUCAACAACAAAUUGGUUACUUGGGACAUACAAUAACUGCUCAAGGAGUUGCAACAGAUCCUAGCAAAAUCCAAACAGUGGAGCAAUGA